CAUGUUGGAUGGAACUGGCUCUGGGCUCUCUGGCGGUCGGACUUCCCAGGAAAGUUUUUGCCGUUUUCCUUCGCAGUCCUGUCGCUGCAGUUUUGACCUUAUUUCAGAGUGAAGCGGGAGGUCUCAUUGCAUACAUAAGCGGGGUACAUUUUUGGCACCCCGGUGUUGAGGACCCCCGGGAUAAAGUGAUCCGGUGCGAGGGGGUCGGAGGAAGGCCACGGAUGACCAAGGGAUUGUUUAUGUAUCUUUCUGGAUCUGAAAUAACGAGUAACAGUCGGUGCAUACUUUAUAAAUUGACCACCAAUUAUGAGUGGACAUCCGCCGCAACGGCGGAUAGCAAACGUCGGUUCCAUACUACUGACACCACAGGAAAAUGAGGCGCUUUUCAACCACCUUGGCAGGAAAUGCAUUACGUUGUCUUCAGCAGUGGUCCAAGUGUUCACAGCAGACAGGAACUCAAGCUGGAACAAGAGAUGCUGCGGUGUGGCCUGUCUGGUCAAAGACAACCCCCAACGAUCCUACUUCAUCAGGGUCUUUGACAUCAAGGACGGUAAGAUGACGUUUGAACAGGAGCUGUACAACAACUUCAGCAUCUACCUCUCCAGACCUUACUUCAUCACAUUUGCUGGAGAUACAUGCCAAGUGGGUCUCAACUUUGCCAGUGAGGAGGAGACGAAGCGUUUCCGUGCUCAAAUCCAGGAGCUGAUGAGCAAACGACAGAGGAAAACUGAGAAGAGACGCGACCCUCCAAAUGGCCCCACGUUGCCCAUGGCCACAGUCGACAUCAAAAACCCAGAGAUAAGCAACGUGCACCGCUACCAUAACAACUCUCAGGUGAACAACAUCGUGCACUCCUCCUUCCAAAAGAGGGAGAAAAAAGGCAAAGGGAAGAAGAAGAGGCUGACCAAGGCGGACAUCGGUACACCCAGCAACUUCCAGCACAUCGGACAUGUAGGCUGGGAUCCAAACACGGGCUUUGAUUUGAAUAAUUUGGACCCUGAGCUGAAGAACCUGUUCGACAUGUGCGGCAUCUCUGAGGCUCAGCUGAAGGACAAGGAGACCUCGAAGGUCAUCUACGACUUCAUCGAGAAGAAAGGGGGCGUAGAAGCUGUCAAAAACGAGCUACGGAGACAAGCACCUCCUCCUCCUCCAUCCAGAGGUGGCCCUCCUCCACCUCCACCACACCACAGCUCAGCCCCCCCUCCUCCUCCUCCAGCCAGGGGCCGAGGUGCCCCUCCACCUCCUCCACCCUCCAGAGCUCCCGUCUCUGCACCUCCUCCUCCUCCUCCAUCCCGACCUGGCAUGUCCGCUCCACCGCCUCCCCCGCCCAGCCGAGGCUCCCUUCCUCCUCCCCCUCCACCGGCCCACGCUUCGAUUCCCGUGGCGCCUCCCCCUCCGCCUCCUCCCCCUUCAUCCUCGAUUCCAUCCAGCGGCGGAGCCCCGCCUCCUCCCCCUCCUCCUCCACCACCUCCCGGCCCUCCACCUCCAGCUCCUCCGCUGUCCAUGGAGGCUAACGGAGGGGAUGGCGGGCAGCCCGGGAAGUCUGCGCUGCUGAGUCAGAUCCGAGAGGGCACCCAGCUAAAGAAGGUGGAGCAGAGGGAGAGGCCGGUGUCCAGCACUGGCAGAGAUGCACUUCUGGACCAAAUCAGACAAGGAAUCCAACUGAAAUCUAGGGAUGACAACACAGACUCAUCCCCUCCUACCCCGGCCCCCUCAGCAGGCAUUGUUGGGGCUCUAAUGGAGGUGAUGCAGAAAAGGAGCAAGGCUAUUCACUCCUCAGACGAGGAUGAUGAAGAUGACGAAGAUGAGGACUUUGAGGAUGAUGAUGAAUGGGAGGACUAGCGAUAUUCUCUUUCUUCCCUUCCUCAGCCCCAGGAUGAUCAUGACACUAAAAUCGUUCUUGUCUUUCUAAAAAAGAAAUCUUUAAUUUCACAAGUAUAAAUGUAAAUGUUCUAUCAAGUUGCUGUAUAUUUUUGUUGCCUUUAUGCUUUUUUAUUAAUCUGUGCAAUACCUCAUUUAAUCUGUAAAUGUUUGUCAUUCUCAUAUCUUAGGUUGUUGUUUCUUUGUCCUCGUCAUGUCUGUCUCAGUCGGCUCCAUCUUCUGUCUCUUGAUAGCAAUAUCUCACAUAUCUGGUGAAAACUUUGUUGGGAUUUUUUCCAUCUCUAUGCAUCUCUUUCUCCUCCCACGUCCCCAACUCUUUGACCUCCAUCUGUCUCUCAGACAUCGUUCCUAUAUCUGCUGCCUCCUAUCAAACCAUCGCACAUUUUCUCUCCCUGUCACUCUCCAGUGUUCCUACUUCUCUGAUUAACAUGUGCAAUUUAACAUCAAGCUGUUUCUUGAAGCAUAGAGUUGAAUGUUUUUUCUUUUCUUUUGGUCAGUCGUCGAAGGAGAAGGCUUCCAAAAUAAGGAGCCGUGAAUCCUUCAUCAAUCAUGUGUCAUCGUUGUUUGUCAGGAGAAGAAAAAGAAAUUGAACUAUUUUCAUACCCUAUUGCUCUGUAGUUUAUUUUUACUUAUUAAAUGAUCUUAGUUUAGAACUCAUAUUUUCUUAAAACAAUGAAAAAGGAAAGGCUCUUUUUGGAAACUUUAGCUUCAUUUGCUGUUGACUGUAAAUUUGCUCCAGAGUUUGAGUCUUGUUAUAUUUUUGCACAGAAAGAGAAGACUUGCUGCAUGAGUACAAGACAUUUUCAGGUCUGUAUUAUUAAGGAACAUACGUACGCUUCACUAAAAGAGGAUAAACACUUGGUUUCUAAGCAUAUUAAGCAUUUUAAAUGGUUAACUCAUCACUACAUACAGUACAUACAUGGAGGUAUCCAUCAGCUGGCUAUCUGUUGUGAAUUUUAGUUCUUUAUUUUGUCACUCUUACACUACAGACUGUUGAAAUUGUAUUUUUCUUUUUCUUUCUUUUUUUACAGUAGCCAACAUUAAUAAAUGCCUGUUUGUUGGAAUCAGGUCAUUGAUCAUGUAAAGCUUGAGGAAUAAAGACAUUUUAGUUUUA